CCCCCCCGCCCCCCAUCAUACCUCUCCCAUGCUGGCCCCUCCCUCAAGGGGUCGCUGAGGGGGAUCAAUUUAGUACUGGAAUGAGUAAAUUCAGCGCCCGGCCCGCCGGCGACUCGUCCCAUCACGCGCACGCUUGCGCGCUCCUCUCGGCGAGCUCCGAGCGCAUUCCGUGCUGUGUGCUGUGCGUGGCAAGUCUGGAGCCGGAUCUCACCGCAUCUCGACUCGCCUGCUUUCCCACGCAGCAGUAGCAGCAGCAGCAGCGGCAUUGACACGGACGCUCCUCUCGCUACCGCAAUUCCAGCGAGGGUUUUGUUGCGUGUGGAGGAGAGAGGCGGGCGGGCGGGAGAGAGAGGAUAGAGGAGAGAGGGGUGUUGCAGAACAGCUCCACGAAUCUAUAAUUUGUCAGCGGCGGCAAGUGUGUUCAUGACCUGGGCAACCCCAAAAAACUGCUAAUUAUUGAGAGGGAACUUUACACGCGCAGCCUCAAAAGCAAGCAGCAGCACGCUCGGAAUUUGUUAUCGGAAACAGAACUCCCCUCAACCUGAUGGAUUUAGUAUGAUGGCUCUGUCUACUAAAGUUGGCAUUGUGCUGCUCAUUGAUGGGAAAUCAGAACCACACGAAGUGCGGCUGAAAAUCUCCAAGGACCUCCUGACCAUCCAGCACCAAGAGGUGGUGUGUGUCACGGGCAGCCAGUGCAGCGCCAAAGAGCGAAGCGUGACUUUACGUAGACAAGAAAUAGGGGGCUUUGGACUAAGCAUCAAGGGAGGAGCUGAAUACAGGGUGCCAGUGGUGAUUUCCAAAAUCAUGAAAGACCAGGCAGCUGACCAAACAGGAAUGCUGUUUAUUGGCGAUGCUAUUUUGAGAAUAAAUGGCAUCAAUGUGGAAAACGCAACACAUGAAGAAGUGGUACAAGUGCUGCAGACUGCCGGCGAUGAGGUCACCUUUACAGUCCGGUAUCUGAGGAAGAUCCCUGCCUUUCUCAAGCUUCCGCUUAUCGAAGAAGGCCAGUAUUCAUCGAUCCCCAGUGAUCAAAGCAGCACUGCUUCCUCUCCUCUGUUUGACAGCGGACUACACUUGAACAACAACUCCACCAACACACAGACCCCAUCAUCCCCAUCCUCCCCCGUGUCGGCCACCCCUCGCUGGGAGAAGCGCUGGUGCGACUCCCUGGCGAUUCCCCUGCUGCUGGCCAGGAUAUCCCUCUACACGCCGGGCUCCGACCAGCUCAGACCCAAUGCUUUUGAAGUCAUAGCUAUGGAUGGCAUCAGCUCUGGGGUUCUGCAAUGCUACUCCAUACAGGAGUGUGCCGACUGGCUGAGGUCCAUUUCCACUGCAAUAGGUGACCUCAUUCAGCAGCAUAUUAGGAUGACCAAUAAAAAUCUAUCACUUUAUGAGCAGAUUGUGCACAUGGGCUGGGUGGAGGAGAGAAUUCAGGAUGCAGAAUUUGGGCAGCACUACCAGUCACGUUUCUUGGCCCUGAGAGGCCCCAACAUGUUUCUCUUCUCGGGACCCCCGCUCAGCUUAUGUGACUGGGCGAGAGGAGAGAAGAUGUACGAUCUGUGUGAAACGUUUCUGAAAACCCACAAGGAGGUUGACCUGCGCGACAUGAGGCCGUGCUGUUUCAGCGUGCUGACCGGCACGGGCGACAGCCACUACUUCAGCACGGAGCUGGCGGGCGACGUCGCACUCUGGGAGAAGGCAUACCAGCAGGCACAGUUCUCCGAGGUGCAGCGAGUUGGGAGCAAAACCUACAGCUGCGUAUGGCGUGGUCACGCGACUGGGCUCACAGUAGAUUUCAACCUGGGCUUUGCUUGCUUUGAAGCCAACUCCAAGCAAGUAUUUUGGCGGUAUAAAUUCUGCCAGCUGAAAGGUUCAUCUGAUGAUGGGAAAUCGAAAAUAAAGUUUCUUUUUCAAAAAAACGAUCCUAGAUUGAUAGAAACAAAGGAGCUGGAAUUUCCCAACCUUGUGGCAGCGCUACACUGCAUCCACUCAUUCAUCUCUGCCAAGGUGGCCCUGGUGGAUCCAUUGUUUGUGGAGAGCCAAUGCGGAGGGAAAAUGCAAAUCUACUGCAAGUGAAUCCGAGAGGGUUUAGCGAUCUCCAUGUGUCGACUUGAAAACUGUUGACGAGCAAACAGGCCCUGCGAGGGUGGCCGAGAGACGAAGCUCAGCCAAAUAACGACACCGAUGUAUAAAGAAGAGCCGAGUCCAAUUGGCGUUGAUCCGCGUGAAGGAGGAAACGGCCGGGAGUUUUUGGCAGGCCCCGACUCCCUCGAUGGCUGCGCUGGGGCAAUGAACACGCGGCUCCAACAAACACAGAAAAGAUGGGCCCAGCCAAAGGACAUAUACUCCACCCCCAGCCCCUACCGGGACACAUGUACUGUAUAUGAAUAUAUUUAUAUAUUUUUUAUAUAAUUCUGAAUCUUGUUAUAGAAGUUUUAAAAAAGAAGGGUCACGAUUCACAAAAUGCCACUUAAAACCACAAUGUGAUGCCAGCACUUUCUAGAUAAGCGGCUUUCAAGUCGAUCCAAGUGGAUGGAGUAAGUGAAGCACUCCUGUGGUUUUGUGGGAUUCAAUGCUAUUUUCUUCUUUCAUGUCACAUACAAAUGAAGACCCUGGCAUACGGCUUUCGUAAAUUUCUUUAACUAUUUACACUCAUGGUGUUUCAACAUCAACUGCGCAUUCUUCACAUUAUUUCCGACUUGUAUAAACGGAAAUAUUUGUUACAAAACAAAUUCUGGUCCGUAACUUUUUACGCCCUAACUAGUUCACGUUGUCAUGGAUAAAUGGGAGUCACGCUAUCGCGUGAAUCACCUUGUUACGAAGAAAAUGCGGCCCCUUUGCCCAAUCCAAGCACAAACACUCGCAUGGGUAAGUCGUGGGUGUCGUGGCAAAAUGGAUAUGAAAAAAAACCGAACACGCAACAUCACUUUUACAAGCGGUUUAGACAAGCCAAAUCCCCGUUUAACCUUGUGCUCAAGAUGUUUUUUUUUUAACGGCAUUUUUCCAAAUCUCAGUUUUUCUACGGCUGAAUGAGUGCGGGUUUAGCAAGCACGCCUCUUUCAUGUCAGCGCCAUCAAUUUGUUCUCAGAUUGAAAGACAAUCUCGGUUUAGAGCCAGCCGGACUCAGCUUCUGUACUUUUAGGUAUUGCCUGCGCUCGGCAGCCCUGUAGCAUUGACCUUGUUUAAAGGAAGAGGGGGGAGGGGAUAGACAACCUCAGAGUGUGGGACAACGCAGUCAACCGUGAAACAAACUUUUUAAAGACAUGUUAAAUGCCAAACAGAACGAGUGACGAUAUGAUCUGCGUCUGCCUGUUGUGCAUUCUGCUGCACGCUCUCGCCCCCGAUGUAUAUGAACAAGGGCUGUGAACCCCAUCGCUUAAUUGUAAAAAAAAAACACGUGCAUUUUUGUACAGCCAUAUCCAACUACCGCCGACUGUAUUCAAAUGAGGCUUGCAAAUUACAACACGGAGCCUUCAGCAAGUUGUGGGGGGGGAGGCUUUUGAGGGGGGGGGCUUACAUCCUUACGCCCCCCCCCCCCCACCUCAUUGGUAGGGGAUCUGGCACUCACUGCUCGGCGCCAGACGUGUUUCAUGGUGGGGUUGGUGGUGCAGAGGGCGCGUGGCUAACGCCGAGUCGUCAUCGUCGUCGUCUUCUCCCGCAUCUCAUCUCUGCGUGGCCACGCACCAGUGGGGUCUCUCUGGCUGCCACGCGGAGGAGCGGCGGAGUGACGGGCGCGAUCCGUCGCUCCGUUGUGCCCCAGCGGGUGGCUUGCGGGCGGGGCGAGCGGGCGGGUGGUGCCGCGUCCGUGAACCCACUUCGCUCUCGGUUUGCUCCGCAUGCAAAAAGCGGAGGAGGGGUUUGCCCCCCCCCCCUGCCCCCCCUGCCCCCCCCUGCCCCCCACACACACGCGCGCGCCACCCUCUUCCCCGAGUGCAAAUGCGUUCGCCGUCAAGUUAACUGAAUGUCGAUGUCAUUCCACAUUACAUUAAUGCCAAAGUAGAAAAACAUAUAAACUUAAUUUGAAUUCACAAAUGAGGACGAUAAAGGUGACAUACGUAGAACGUGCGCUAAUUAAUUUUUGCUUUACGUGCAAGUAGAUAUACCUAAAAGUAAUAUGUGAAGCAUAUGCAUUUCGCACGCAUCUUACAUAUACAGGGUAAACUGCUGUACUAUAGGAUUUUUAUUUUAAACAAAGCCAUACAUUAUUUGAAUAGCAAGUACAGUACUAUAGUGUUGUAGAAUGUCGCAUGUUCUGUGCAGAGUGCUUUAUUUUGUUUUUAAUAUACAGUUGAACGCUUUGGUUUGGAAUGAGAAUGUGUAUCUUAAUUUUGCAUAGCACUGCAUACAGAUUAUUACCGUAUUCUCCAGAUCAUAAUGCACGUUUUUCUGUAUUUUAAAUUAAAGGUUGAGGGGGGAUGCAUCUUAUUAUCUGUCAGGGAUUUGAGUUUAGGGAUUUGUAUAAUUUUAUUGACCGGGGCAUGUUUGGAGUGUCUUAUUUUCCAGAUCAUUUAAUUAUCUAGAGUAUAUGUUAAUAACUAAACAGCAGCGGUAUAAUUAUGUCUAUUACAUAUAAAAUUGUACAUAUCAGUGGCCCACUUCGGAGUGCAAAUCCUCUUUAUAAACACAUUUUGAUUGUAUAAGAAAUGGCACAGAUACUUUUAUCAGAUGUUACUUAGCUUGAAAGAGCGUGUUUGUAAUUACGUUUCUUCAUAUUAAGUGUUUUAAAAUAAAGCACUUGUUAAUGAAUCUACUGUCUUACCCAUAUUUAAUGUAAACUUGAUAAUAAAAAAGAGAAUAUUUUAUUAAAACACUUUGCUGAUUA